AUGAAGCUCGAUGUCAGUUAUAUGAGGUAUUUGACGACGGAUGAUUUCCGUGUGCUAAAAGCUGUUGAACAGGGAUCAAGAAAUCAUGAAGUUGUACCAACAACAAUGAUUCACAAUUUAUCGGGUCUAAGAUCUAUCUCUGGUACCCACAGAUCCAUUGGUGAUCUAGCCAAAGUCAAACUAGUUGCAAGGGUAAGAAAUUCCAGUUAUGACGGUUACAGAUUGACUUAUAAUGGAUUUGAUUAUAUGGCUAUAAAAGCAAUGCUUAAUAGAGAUACAGUUUACUCUAUUGGUAACACUAUUGGUGUUGGUAAGGAAUCUGAUAUCUAUAAAGUUAGUGACAGGAAUGGUAACGCCCAAGUGAUGAAAAUCCAUAGACUGGGUAGAACUUCUUUCACUUCUGUGAGAAAUAAUAGAGAUUAUCUAAAGCAUUCAAGACAAGGUACUAGUUGGAUGCAUUUAUCGUUAUUGGCAGCUCAUAAGGAGUAUGAGUUUUUGGCACUAUUGCAUUCAAGAGGUUUCCAGGUUCCGGAAGCAUUCGAUAACUCUCGUCAUAUGGUUCUUAUGGAAUUCAUUAAGGGUUUUCCCAUGAAAAAUUUGAGAACUCAUUCAAAUAUUCCUAAGCUUUACAGCGAUUUGAUGAAAUUCGCAGUUGAUUUAGCCAAGAGUGGAUUAAUUCAUUGUGAUUAUAACGAAUUUAACAUUAUGAUUAAGGAUCAGGAUACAACCGAUUCAAGUGAUUGUGGAUUUGUAGUGAUUGAUUUUCCACAAUGUAUAUCAAUUCAGCACCCUGAUGCAGAGUUUUUCUUCCGAAGAGAUAUCGAAUGUAUUCGCAGGUUUUUCAAGAAGAAAUUGAAGUAUGACCCUAAACCUGAUUCUUCCAUGUUAGAUUCCGACGGAUAUGGUGAUGGUUACAAAUACGCUUAUCCGGUCUUCAAAAGGGAUGUAGUACGGUGUGACAAUUUGGAUGAAUUGGUUAGCGCAUCAGGAUUCAGUAAAAAGAAACCAGCAGAUGCUCAUUUAGAAGAGGCUGUAGAAAGCAUGAGGUAUGCACAAUACGAAUCAGAAGAAGAAGAAGAGGGAGGUUCUUCUAAUGAAGAUUAUAGUGAUUAUUACAGCGAAGAAGAAUCUUCAGAAGAAAGUGAUGAUCAAUCUGAUCAAGAAGAGGAAAAUGAACGUAUUAUUGAAGCGCUCUCCACGGGUAUGGGGAACUUGAAAAUGGAUAAACUUGGUAAUUAUAUACUAGAAUAA